GGAACACAGCAGUAGGAACACAGCAUCGACUGCAGUUAUUCCUCAACAGGGUCGUUCUUUGUAGAGUAAAGUAGUCUAGGUCUCGUCUGGCUCGGAGCGGACGCUGAGCACAGAGACAGCAUGUCGGAACUUUCCGUGAAUGACCACCUCGAAGGGAUUUUAUCAGAUUUUGAAGCACUGAAGAGAUCCUUUGAUGUUGAAGAUGUGGACGCUAUACCAUCCUUUUCUACUGCUUGUCCUGUCUCCACCCCAGUUUCUCCUUCGUCCAGCCAUUUGUUUCACAACCACGACAAGGUCAAUAAGGAGCAUGGAGGAGGAGGCCCAUCUUCUUCAUUAAAUUGCACUGGCAACAACAGCCUGGGGUCUACAGCAAAACGCUCCAAUAACAGCCUGAGUCCUAAACCUAGUCAAGUGUUUAAGUCGCGUACUGUAGGCAGCAGCCUAUCCUUUAACCGAGGGACCAUGUUUAAGCCAGCCAUCCACAACAAUGGCUCCUCUGUGGCCAGAGCUGCAUCCUUCCAGAGUAGGUUAAACCCAAAUGGUAACUUAUUGUUCUCUGGAGCAGGUAGUGACAAUGACAGCCUUCACAGCUCCACAUCCAGCCUGGAGUACACUGGUGGCGGUGGGAAUGCCUUCCCACCUUCUAAGCUUGGAUCAUAUCCUAGUACUCCAUCUCGGGGGGAGUACCAGCACACCCAUCCACAGCUUCCACAGCAACACCUGGAGGAAGGUCUCAACUUGAGACGCAACCCCAACCUGAAGAAGUUCUCCUCCCAUGGUAAUGUGUUCCACUCUGAGAUGGACUCAGUGCCAGGGGUUCUGCUGGAUGUUCCAGAGCCCUGGGGUGUGAACCACGGCUCAAUGCCCAGCCUCGAGCUUCAAACUUGUGAUGGCGGUGGAGGAAUGUUUAAUAUGCAGAGGGGUGGAGGUGGCACUAUGAUGUCUCCAGGGUUAAGGUAUGCCAAUUCAAAUGCAAGCUGGAAUGGUUGUCUUCAUAAUGCCACUAUCUUUGGAGAGCAAGGAGCCAAAAACAUCAGUCGGCAAGGGCACCAGAUGCUAAAGCCGCCUGCGUCUAAGGUUACACGUCUUAACAAGUUUCCCUUGGAUCUGGACAGCUUUGUAACCAGCUCCUCAACUUCUUCUCCCACCAAAGUUGAAGGAGGAUACAUGAGCCCCACCCUCCCGAAGCCUACUCUGAGCAGCAUAGGAGGCCCCCAACACCCCACCAGCCCAAACUCCACCUCAGCUAGCUGUUCAGCAUCUCUGAGCAGCCUGGACAGCUCCUCUGACAGCCCACCCCUUUCUGUCCACCAUUCAUUUGAGCCUUUUUACCCAUGUUCUCCUACUCUCUCGCAAGGCUCCAUACCUUCCCAUGAGAUGAGUUGCUCACUUGCGCCCCUUUCUACAGUUCAGAGCCCCCAGCUGGAGAUUCUUUCAGAGCUCGACGUUAUCCAGAUGGUUUCAAACCUGCCUAGCCCUCACAUCUCAUCCAGCCCCUCCAGUCCCAAAGCCAUUGAGUCUUUAGAAGAUUGUGUAGGGUGUACCAGAGAUAGUGUUGGCUCAAUCUUACAGAGGAUUGCUUCCUUCUCUCAGAAUACUACAAAUGACACUAAAGCAGUUGAGACCCAGCCUCCUACAGUCCAAAGCAACGAAGGGUUGUCAUCUACAUUUGGAUGUCCUGCUGAGAUUACUCCUGUACUUGCAUGUAAAUGGGAGAAGAAGGGCCAGGAAGAAGCAGCUGAAGAGCUUGAGACGGACUCAGUCACCCCAAUGGAGGAGAGACCGGAGAAGGGGGGAGGCGCUGUGGUACAUGAGCAAGGAGACAAAGGCAAGAGUCCAGGACAAGCUGCAGGCCUGAAUACCUGGAAUUCUAUGACAGAAAUUGGGAAAAACUGUGUUGAACUCCGAUCAGAGAUGGAUGAGAAGGGGAAGGAGAAGGGAAUGGAGGAAGGACAGAUGAAGAAAGAAAUUGAGCUAGAGGCAGAAGUAAAGGUGGAGAUCUGCCAGUCAGUCCAAGACCUGCAGAUGAGCUUCAUCAGGGGCAGUGACCUGUUUGGCUAUGUGGGCAUUGAAGCAGUUCUGGACCAGAUGAGGAGCAAGACGAUGAAGGCAGGUGUUGAGUUCAACAUCAUGGUGGUUGGUCAGAGUGGUUUGGGGAAGUCUACGCUGGUCAACACUUUGUUCAAGUCCAAAGUCAGCCGGAAGUCCUGCACACCCAACUACGAAGAGACGAUCUCAAAAACUGUCAAACUGCAUUCAGUCAGCCAUGUGAUUGAGGAGAAGGGGGUGAAGAUGAAAUUAACAGUGACUGAUACUCCGGGAUUUGGUGACAAUAUCAACAAUGAGAACUGUUGGGAGCCAAUAGUGAAGUAUAUCAAUGAGCAGUAUGAAAAGUACCUAAUAGAGGAGCUGAAUGUCAACCGUAAAAGGAGAAUACCAGACAGCAGAGUCCACUGCUGCAUCUACUUUCUCCCUGCCACAGGACACAGGUUACGCCCCAUCGACAUUGAAUUUAUGAAGAGACUGGGUAAUAUAGUUAGCAUUGUACCUGUCAUCGCCAAAGCGGACACACUGACGAUUGAGGAGAGACUGGAAUUCAAAGAGAGGAUAAGGCAAGACUUGACAACCAAUGGGAUUUGUGUUUAUCCCCUGAAAGAGUAUGAUGAAGAUGCAGAAGAACGAAUCCUCAAUAACAGAAUCAGGGAUAACAUUCCCUUUGCUGUGGUGGGAACGGACAAGGAGCACCAGGUGAAUGGAAACAAGGUGCUGGGUCGUAAAACAAAGUGGGGAAUAAUUGAAGUUGAAAAUGUGGCACACUGUGAGUUUGUCAACCUUCGGGACCUACUUAUCAGGUCUCACCUGCAGGACCUGAAAGAUGUGACACACAAUAUUCACUAUGAGACCUAUCGUGUCCAACGGCUGAACCAGAGCAACGUGAACUUCAGUGAACUGGGACUGUCCACCUGGCUGCUGGAGAAUGGAAGUGGGGAAAAAUAUGAAUCAGAAAGCCACCUCUGAUCUCUCCAUCAGCCACCUUCAUAGAUCAAAACGGAGAAUUGAUGGUGCUCCUCAUUUAUUUAGAAUGCAUUUUGGGGAAAAUAAACUCUAUUCUUUUACUCUUCAAAAAAAAUAGAUUGAGAAUUUUUUAUCUGCUUAACUUGUUUUUUUAAUGGAACAAACUAGUUUAUUUUCUUCAAGAUUUAGAGAUAUGAGAAAUGCAUCAAAUAUGGAUAUAUUUUUUUAAGGCAGCCCAUUAAUAGUUUUUACAGAUGGUGACCUGUACAGGGCAGUGAAGAGAAUGCUGCAAAAUAUGGCACAAAGAGAGGAAGCUGACACUUUGUCACCCAUCAAUAUCUAAACUUCUUGAUAUCUCAUAUAUAAAUGGUAUACUAAUGGCCCACAGUACGGUAUGGGAGUUCAGGCCUGUAGUCAGAUGAACUGUUAUAGCAUCAGAUUAAUCCCGAUGGUGUCCACAUCACAAGUUCAGCAAUAAAAUAAGAGUUGAAUAACUGGGUGUCUUUAUACUAUAUACUAUACUAUUAAUGGGAGUCUACUAUCUUUUGAUACCGUAAUGUAUCAUUUCAGUUUAUGUCAUUAGAGUUUCUGAUGCUUAUUCUGGGUCAAUAAUACAGUUCAUAGAGAGAGACCCAUAUGGUAACUUGAUUGCUCUGCACCAUGUUGGAGCAAACAGCUCUAAGACUUGACUUUUACUGAAGGAGAGUUUUUGAAUUCAUCUGACAUUACGAACAGCAAUCAAAACAAGCAGGAGUAAAUCUCAAUUUCCACUCCUGGGCAAAUAAAAUUAAAAUGAUGUUAACCUAUUUAAAGAUUUCGGCGUAGAGCAAAAGUUCAGUUCAGAACCUUUUCGAGAACUUCAACAAGUCCAGCUGCCUUUUGUUUUAAAUUUUGACUUACAAUAACUUGGAUGAGUGAGAGCCUUCUCAGAUUAGUGUUUUCCGUUCCUUCAUUUUCAGUUUUAGCAGCUUUUAACCUUCUCAGAACUGCAGCCUUGGACAAGAGCUUUCUUAAGAUGGGCUGUUUAAGUCAUUAUACAAAAAAACAUUAAUAAAACAUAGAGCAUGUAUGUUCACCAACAAUAUAUUUGGAUACAUAGAAUACAUAGAUGAACCAAUUGAAUCUCUUCAUUUGAACUUUUUCAUAGAUUGGUGUUGCCUGCCUUUCAUUAAAUAAUAAGCCUUCACAAAUACGGACAGAGAGCGCAUCAUUUUGAGGGAAGACAUCUCAUCUGCCUUCAUGACUGUUUUCCUUCUAAACUUAAUUUUGAGUGUGGCCAAUUAGAAUAGGCAUAAUUACGAAUGAUUUCUGGUAUACUUAUCAACAAGUCAUUGAAGUACCUGCCUCCUCAUUUAAGUUUUGUUUUAUUGCCUAUUAUACCUAACAUUGAUGGGGACACAACAAGUAGAGUAGUUAUUCCACUGUCAGCAUAAACAAGAUCGUCUGUUUUUAAAUUGUUUGUUAUUGGUUUGACAAACAGUAACGAAAAUGUGCCUUGGCCUUGACCCAACUUUGUAUGUAGCUGUGCACUGUGAAGUGUUUGAGACAAUGAAGCAUGCAGCAGCAACAGUAGGACUUUCAGCAGGGGGGGAAUUCUUGUAAAUAACCAAUUCAUGCCUACAAAUGGUGUGUGUUCACUGUUUUUCCACAUUUGUAGUUAUUGGGCUUUUGCUGUUUUGUAUGUUAUAGCCACAUCAUUUCUGUAUACCAGUUCACCCAGAUUUUUGUUUCAACUGAGGUAAUGUUCCUUCCCGUACUAAAGGUACAAUUUGCAAUGUAUUCAUUCAGUUAUUGUUAUUUUCCCAUUAAUUUAUUAUUAAAUCAUGUACUUCAAAGAUCAUAUUUGACAUUUCAUUGUCCAAGUUAAGCAAUUUAAACAGGCUGUCUCUGCGCAGUAGUUCAAGAUUAAUUUCAUGUGGAAAAAAAAAUUCUCAAAUGAAUUUUGUCAUUGGUUACAACAUCAUACUUAAUGGCAUUAGCUGCAUUAUUGUUGAAUCAGAUCCAGACUGGUUAAGAAAUCUUCCAGUUUAGCAAAGUUAUGGAAUUAUCAAAGCGGGGUACUGCCUAUUUUUCCAUUCAGAGCCGGUACCAGAUCAUCUCACAUUUUUAACUGUAGGAAUUUACUUGUACAAAUAGCUUUAUGAAAUGCUGGAACAACUGCUAACUUUUAGAUGAAAAAGCAUUCUUAGCUGUCUUCCUAAGGAUAAAUUAAGGUUAAAACAUUUUUAGAGAUCCUUACUAUGACUUUACCCUUUUCUGUCAUUUACCUACGCAUAAUCAAAAGUGAGAGUAGGCUACAUGUUUUUAUAUAUGUCUACAAUGGACUAAAAGUAGAAACCCUAUGGGAAAAUAAUCAUGAGAAUAUUUUGGCUUGGUCACAUCUUGUUUUUCUAAAUCAAUUUUGUGUGUUUAGAAAUCAGAAAAUAAAUCUUCCUUUUUUCAGUUAUCACUCAUCAAAGCCGGUCUACAAAGUAUACCUUUUUCUUUGAAGACAUCCACAAUGAAAAAUAUUGCAUUUCAUCUGAAUCUGAUAACACACAGCAAUUCAUACUUUCAGUGUGGCUGUUCUCUUUCCUCUCAGCUCUCCUCCAUGUUCUAAACCUGUGGUAAAUGUGGUUAACACCCUUGUGUCUUAUACUCAGCAUGUUCUAACAGUUCCUGUAUGAUGUCUUUGUUAUUGUUGUCUUUAUUGUAGUAUUAAUAUAACCCCUGCUGACACUGUUGAUAUGAAAUUAAAUACUUGUUACCUUUCCAGUCCAUUGUGAAGUAAUUUGAAUAAACAUUCUGACUGU